AUGGUGUUGAAGCAGGAACUAACUGGUGCUGAUGCGAGGCAACGGUCGCAGGGGAGGUUUGUUGGGUCAUUCACAGUCAAGGCGCACUGCGCAGAUGAGCCCAAUGAUCAACUAGACCAAUCUACACAGGGUCAGCCUCAGGUUCCUUCACGAUCCACUGGGAGGUCGGCACCAGAUCCAGAGGGGUCUACUGCUUCAACACAGCAUCGAGCUAUACCUCCACCUCCACCGCCACCACCUAUUACCCCAUCUUCUGAGCCUGCAAUUGGAUCAACCUCUGGUCAUGAAGGUCAUUCAGUUGGGGCAGCACCAAUAUCAUCGAUGGAUGGCCUAUCACUCACUACAUUUGGAAGAAAGAAAAGAAUAAAGCUCAUUAAUGGCACGUUACAUCCAUCUGAGGAAUGUGCUAAGAAGAUGAAGAAUAUCUUCAAGGAGAGGAUGGACCCAGAGGGGCACUGUUGGAAAACUAUCACGCCUGAAACAAAAGAGUUUUACUGGGAUGAAUUUCAAGUAAUAAAAUAA